AUGAGGUUAACAUGUGCGUAUCUCGUACUGCUGGCGGCUGGGGGUUAUAGUGCCGACCUGACAGAAGCGCUCCCAACAGCCACUCCCGACCAAGACGGACAGGAUCGUUUCUUAACUCCUCAGAACAACUAUAAUGGCUGGGUAAAUCCUGAAGAUCUCAGGCCUAUGCCACAAUGCAUAGCGCAGCAAGAUCAGUCCACCUGGCUGGAAACUAUGACUAAGUGUACCGCCAAACAAUGCACAUCUCAUUUUGGAAUUAUCUGCACUCAUCACCAAUGGUUGACUCAACUCAGCUGCCUCAGCGUUGCAUUUUCCUCAGAUGUCAUCGCGAGGUAUCUCCCAUACUGCGGUAGAUCGAUACUCGCCAAAGCGCAAUUGUACUCAUGGAUUCGUGGCAUCACGGGUAGAGAAUGGCUUGUCGAGGUUGGCGAUGCGAAUGAGCUACAAAAUCUUUCACCAACCUCACUAGCCGAGGGAUACACAGCUGUGGACGUUAUCAACACGGCGCCAAAAUGUCUCACCGGCUCGGUAUGUUCUCUCUCAAAGGAGCCUUUUCAACACGUUAUAGCCUCCUGUGGGUUUACCAGCAGAAGCCAACACACCGGAAAUGCUGCCCGUCCUUGGGAAUAUAACGAACCCGCUCAUUCCAUGAUCGCUCUUGAUUCAGAAACAGUUGGAUAUGACCUCGUCGGGCAUUAUGUAAAUGACAACCACUAUUUUGACAAAGCUUGUUUCUGCAGCGCCUUCGCAGUAGAUUUCGAAAAGGAGCCCUGUUCAGGUUCAGGACGACUAGACUUCACAAAAGAGCGCCUCUGGCUCAAUGCAACCUGUGGAUCGACGUCCUUACCCGAUAACUGGGCGGAUACACUCAUAACCACACAAUUCGCAUUCAUUGCUAUCGAGGAUUGGCGCUGGCCCAAGUGUGUCGCAGAUAUGCCAAAGCAAGUUACUGGACUCACAGAUCAGUGUGCAACUGAUGCUUGUGAACUUGACUCAAGCGGAUAUUGCCAAGUCACGCGUGCAGUCGACAGGGAAUGCUUUUGCCACAAGAUCAGCUACAAUUCCUGCGAGGGUUCAUGUCAGAUAUUCGAAACCCGGAUAGACUAUAUUAAGUGGCUUCACGACCUUUGUGGUAAUGUCCAAGAUUGGCACGGUUUGCCAGAUAACUGGCGUCAGUUAUCUGCACCCACUCUUUUCGACAUGAUUCCAUGGCAAUGGGCUCUCAAGCCCUCCAAUGCUCCAGACAUUCCUAUCACCCCGCAUGGAGACGCUAAAGCAACCGUAGCAUGUCCCUCGAAUCAGUGGAAACUUGGAAGCUUUGCUAUUGUUAACAUAGCUACUUUCUGCGCAUUGCUUCUCUGUCAAAAGAAACACAUGCUUCGAAGCAGAAACAUCCAUUCAAAAUACUCACAGCCGUUGGAUUGGGCUUUCAAGGGCAUUAUCCUCGCCACUGUCCAGAUCUUUGCCAGCUGGCUGAAUUUUGUGCUGGUCCAACAUACUCCUGGCUACGAAGAGGUUCCCAUAUUUCAACUGAUUCUUCUCUGGUGUUCAAUGCCUCGUCUUUCUUGGCUGGCCAUGUUGUUACUUGGUCUACAACAUUUUGGGCCAAAGAGCCUCUCUGUGGCUGCGUCUUUGCUAUUUGCGGAAAUACUCCUUCAGAUUCUAUCUGCUUAUCACUUACUCAAAACAAUCAAUUAUGGCCGACAACACAAUUUCUAUUUCAAUAUCACGGAAAUAUGGGUGCCAGCACGGAUCAUGUACGCCGGAGCACUCAUGUGGUUGGUCAUCGUUCUCAUAGCAUACUACACUCUAUGGAUCCAGGCUAGACGCAGGAUGCAAAAGUCCCGUGGAUCCGGUUUCACGCCAUUUAACAUCACCGAAGAAGGAAUGCCGCCAAUAAUAGAAUAUUUCAACAUCCCAACGGAAAAGAGGUCCCAUCUAGCGACUGGAAGGCCAUGGUCCCCGGAAGAAGCACCAUUGAUGAGGGAUCAAACCAAUCGCACAAUCUAUGACCCUCUCCUCGUUAAAGCUCACCACACCCCGCUUCCCCAGAGGCUAGGUUUCGCGAAAUUGUACGCGGCUACAACCAUUUUGUUGCUUCUUCUUUGGGUUGCACAAUUACUCUUUUGGGGUGGAUUUAUCGGUCUGAGUUCAGAUGAGUUCUGUCCCCCAAGGCUUGGGGCUCUCACGGCUGUGUGGACUAGUUCCUCGCUGCUAGGGACCAUUCUGGCUUUUCAUUAGCUCUUCCCAUUCUUAUGACAUUCAUGCGGCUCUUUCUCCUUCGCACCAAGUA